AUGCUCAUGGUGCCCAUCGGAAGUGGCCAACCUCACCACGCCGUGCCCGUGGCCUGCCCCCUCACCUGUUCCUGGCUCCUGCUGCUCUUUCAUGCCGCCUUCAGCCAGAAGCCUGCCAAACUGCCCCUGGUGGGCCGCAAGCCCUUCAUCGCUGCCUGGAACGCACCGCUGGACCUGUGCACUGUCAAGUACAAUGUCCACACCAACCUGGAGCAACUCUUCCACAUUAGUGGCAGUCCGCGGGCCGUCCACACUGGCCAGAAUGUUACCAUUUUCUACGCCAAUCGGCUGGGCCUCUACCCUUUCUACACGGACCACAGCAUCCCUAUCAAUGGAGGCCUGCCCCAAAACUGCAACAUCAAUGACCAUCUCCUCAAGGCCUACAGGGAUAUCAACCAUUUUAUCCCCUCGGAGGACUUUGCCGGUCUGGCGGUCAUUGACUGGGAGUACUGGCGCCCACAGUGGAGCCGCAACUGGCACAAGAAAGACAUUUACCGGCAGAAGUCCCGUGAGCUGAUCACACAGGCCUAUGUCAACGUGACUUCAUCACAAAUCGAAGAGCUGGCGAGCAAACGCUUUGAGAAGAGUGCCCGUGCGUUCAUGCAGAAGACUGUCCAGCUAGGGACGUUCCUUCGCCCCAACGGACUCUGGGGCUUCUACCUCUAUCCGGACUGCCACAACUACAACCUGCAUGAGCACAACUACACAGGCUCCUGCCCUCUGCUGGAAAGCCUGCGUAAUGACGAACUGCUCUGGUUGUGGAACAGCAGCACAGCACUGUUUCCCUCAGUGGCUAUCAGGAAGAGCCAAACAGACAGUGUAAGCAACCUCCAUUUCUCCCAGUUCAGGGUGCUGGAGUCUCUGAGGAUAGCUGGGCUCACCUCACACAGCUAUGAUCUGCCCACGUUCGUGUACACACGCCUGGGCUACAGAGACGAGGCAAUGGCCUUCCUCACAACGAAAGACUUGAUCCACACCAUUGGGGAGAGUGCUGCUCUUGGUGCUGCUGGUUUUGUGAUCUGGGGAGACCUCAACCUCACCUCAUCCAGACACAACUGCACAAAGGUGAAGUCCUUCCUGAACCAGCGCCUGGGUCAGUACAUCACCAAUGUGACACGGGCUGCAGAGGUCUGCAGUGACUUCCUGUGCCAGAGCAACGGCCGCUGUGUCCGCAGGGACCUCCACGCCCCGUACUACCUCCACCUGAGCGGAGACAGCUACCACAUCCAGCCCUCAGGGGAAGGGGACUUUGUGGUCACUGGCUGGCACUCGCAGCACGAGCUCCAACUACUGGCCAAGAGUUUCCGCUGUCACUGCUAUGAGGGACACACCGGGGAGAAGUGUGACAGCCUGAACAAGACAAACACUGAUAUCCUCGGCACACUCCAGAGGUCAGGGGCCUUGAAGGGCAUCUGUGUUUUCCAGAGUGCAGAAACGAGAUAG